AUGCAUAUCUCAGACCCACUCUUUUAUGUGUCUGUGCUUGCGGGGCUUGCAAUUCUAGGUGAUGCAGCCACUGUUCCCCAUGCGGCGAAAGCCUUGAAACCUGCACUAAGAGAUGCUCGGAAUGUUAUUGAGAUCUCUGGUGGUGAUUUGCACCGCGCAGCUAAAUCUCGCAGAGAUACAGAUGACUGGGAUUAUCGUCGCUCCAUUGAUCCCUUGUCUAAGAAGGACGUCGAUACAAGGCCUCUCUCUCCAAGGGAUACCGUUCAUAAGUCUCUGGUGGAUACCGUUCAUAGAUCUCUGAUGGACACUAGCACAAAGCCUCUAUCUCCAAGGGAUGCUGUUCAUAGGUCUCUGAUGGAUACUAGCAAAAAGCCUACAGUCCAUAAGUCUCUGGUGGAUACCGUUCACAGGUCUCUGAUGGACACUAGCACGAAGCCUCUAUCUCCAAGGGAUACUACUCAUAGGUCUCUGAUGGAUUCCGUUCACAGGUCUCUAGUAGAUACUAGCACAAAGCCUCUAUCUCUAAAGGGACCAGUGACAAAAUCUAAAAGAGAUAUACCUUCACCGAAACUUGCGGCACCAAACAGCAUGUAUUCCCAUGAUGGAUUCCAGGUUACCUCUGACCAUGUUUUGCGAUAUCUUCAGGACCGAGGCUUAGUCGCAUGGGCUCCAUCCGGGACUGGCAAAUACACACACAUUACUGAUGAUCUAUGGCAGCGAGGGCUAGGUGGAGCCGUGCGUCGCAAGCGCUCAUUUGCUCCCAUAGAUCUCAACAAGGGCCCUUCGAAGGUAUUCAAUAAUAUAUGGAUUAAAGGUCAGAGUGCCUCCAUAACAUGUUACACCCAAGGCCUCCGCACAUCUGCUUUAGAGUUUGAAAAAGCGGUUAUGGAUGCUUGUCAUGCCUUUGGUGCAAGUCCGCUCCCUUCUCAGUCAAUUCGAAUGUGGGAAAUGGCUACCGUUAAUGCGAAAAUUCCACGUCUCCGGUUUUCCAUUCGAGUGUUGGAGGGUACAGAAACGCUUGAUGAGACUCUCUGCCAAGUGGCGUUUGAUCAAAUUCGCCAACGGUGUGCAACGAAUGGCGAUACAGCUGGUGGUGAAGCCACUAUGGGCCGUCAAUUUAUCUUGACGCUGGACUCUAUGGACCCAGAGAUCUAA